AUGUCUGACUCCGACUUUGAGCAGGUCAGACGGCUCCAAGCCGAGCGAAAUGCUCUCGCUGCUGCCAAAAAAGGUUCAAAAACCUUCGACCCAUCCAGUCAGCGCACUGACUUUUCCACAAAGGCCUCCCUGACUGAAAGUUUUGAUACCGACCUCUACGAACGCAAUGGCGUCGAUAAGUAUUCUGGCUACAAUACCUCCAUCCCAGUUGAUGGCGAUGAGGAUAUGGAGGAUGCAGAUACAGGACAUCGAUUGGUCGGUCAGUAUACAGCUAGCAGGGACCUGAUCAAUGAAAUGGCAAGUGGCAACGGUGUUGAGGAGGAGGAUAUCUUACUUGGUCGCGAAAAGUCUGCUAGAAUUGCCGACCGAGAGAGCGAUUACCAGAAACGUCGAUUCAAUCGUGGUCCGCUCACUCCGACGCGAGCUGAUCCAUUCGCUGCGAAUGCGCAUGCCAAUGUCGAGGCCGAGGGCCAGACUUAUCGAGAAGUCAUGGCGCUUCGCGAGCUUGAGAAAGAAGAAGAGCGUGUUCAGAAGCUCAUCAGUGAGAAGCGGGCCGCAGGUGAAAGUGUUGAAUACCAAGCCACCUUGGAAGAUGAGGCUGACAAAGAGAAUAUCGAUGCUGGCUCGACCGUCACCGUCGCCGCUGGUCGCAAGAGAAAGCAACGAUGGGAUGCCGCUUCGGAGGAAACUGCUGCUGCCGCUGCCGAGGAGGAAAAUACAAUAGCUGCCAAGAAGUCGCGAUGGGAUCAGACUCCUGCUGUACCUACACUAGACGAACAAGCUCCUAAGCGACGCUCUCGUUGGGAUCAAGCACCAGCUGCGCCAGCUGUUGGCGCAACCCCCGUCGGUCAGCCAGGCCUUGCGACGCCGGCGCAUCCAUCGAUGGGCGUAGCACCACUCGGAGUAGAUCUUGGUCGCAAUGUUGUGUGGACGGACGAGGAAUUGGACAUGAUGCUUCCUACCGAAGGAUAUCAAGUUCUCCAGCCUCCACCGGGUUAUGAACCUAUUAGGAAUCCUGCACGAAAGCUCACGGCCACUCCUGCUGCUAUACCUAGCGCAAGCGGAUAUGGAGGUUUCAUGAUGCAAGAACCCGAGAGUGCGCGCACUCUUGGUAAACAACUUCCAACGGAUAUUCCUGGAGUGGGCGAUCUUCAGUUCUUCAAAGCUGAGGAUAUGGCAUACUUUGGAAAAUUGGUUGACGGCGCAGAUGAAAACAGCCUGUCAGUUGAGGAAUUGAAGGAAAGGAAGAUUAUGAGACUCUUGCUCAAAGUCAAGAACGGAACUCCUCCUAUGCGUAAAACAGCUCUUCGUCAACUUACCGACAAUGCUCGCCAAUUUGGAGCUGGUGCACUUUUCAAUCAGAUUCUUCCGCUGUUGAUGGAGAAAUCGCUUGAGGAUCAGGAACGUCAUUUGCUGGUCAAAGUUAUCGAUCGUGUCCUUUACAAGCUUGACGAUCUUGUUCGGCCAUAUACCCACAAGAUUCUCGUUGUUAUUGAACCUUUGCUUAUCGACCAAGACUACUAUGCACGUGUAGAAGGUCGUGAAAUUAUUUCCAAUCUGGCCAAAGCCGCAGGUCUUGCACAUAUGAUCAGUACUAUGCGUCCAGAUAUCGAUCAUGUUGACGAAUACGUGAGAAACACAACUGCAAGAGCGUUUGCUGUUGUUGCCUCUGCUCUGGGUAUACCAGCUUUGCUCCCAUUCUUGCGUGCUGUCUGUCGCAGUAAAAAGUCAUGGCAGGCUCGACACACUGGAGUCAAGAUUGUCCAGCAAAUUCCCAUUCUUAUGGGUUGUGCUAUUUUGCCUCAUUUGAAAGGGCUGGUUGAUUGUAUUGCAGACAACCUCAGCGACGAACAAGCCAAGGUUAGAACAGUUACCAGUUUGGCCAUCGCUGCAUUAGCUGAGGCGGCCAACCCUUAUGGUAUUGAAAGCUUUGACGACAUUCUCAACCCUUUGUGGACAGGCGCUCGCAAGCAACGUGGAAAGGGCCUUGCUGGAUUCUUGAAAGCUGUCGGAUACAUCAUCCCUCUGAUGGAUGAAGAGUAUGCCAACUACUACACUAGCCAGAUCAUGGAGAUUCUGCUCCGAGAGUUCUCUUCUCCAGACGAAGAAAUGAAAAAGGUUGUGCUGAAGGUGGUGUCACAGUGUGCCCAGACCGAUGGUGUUACAGCGCAAUAUUUGAAGGAGAAUGUCCUUCAAGAUUUCUUCAAGAGCUUCUGGGUUAGGCGCAUGGCAUUAGAUAAGCGCAACUACCGUCAAGUCGUUGAGACCACGGUUGACCUUGGUCAGAAAGUUGGUGUGGGCGAGAUUUUGGAGCGUAUCGUCAACAAUCUCAAGGACGAAAGCGAGGCUUACCGAAAAAUGACUGUGGAGACGGUCGAAAAGUUGAUCGCUUCUUUGGGCGCAGCUGAUAUCUCUGAGCGACUGGAGGAACGACUUAUCGACGGUGUUUUACUAGCAUUCCAAGAACAGAGUGUUGAGGAUAUUGUGAUCUUGAACGGUUUCGGCACAGUCGUCAAUGCUCUUGGAACCAGAUGCAAACCAUACCUUCCACAGAUUGUCUCUACUAUUUUGUGGCGAUUGAACCACAAGUCUGCCACGGUUCGUCAACAAGCCGCCGAUCUCGUUUCCCGAAUCACCAUGGUUAUGAAGCAGUGCGGCGAGGAUGCUCUUAUGGGCAAGCUCAGUGUUUUGCUAUAUGAAUAUCUUGGCGAAGAAUACCCCGAAGUGCUUGGUUCUAUCCUCGGUGCUUUACGAUCGAUUGUCACCGUGGUAGGUAUCAAUCAGAUGCAACCUCCUAUUCGUGACCUCCUCCCCCGCCUUACUCCUAUUCUUCGCAAUCGACAUGAAAAGGUACAAGAAAACACGAUUGAUCUGGUCGGUCGUAUCGCAGAUCGUGGACCAGAAUCCGUCAAUGCUCGCGAAUGGAUGCGUAUCUGUUUCGAGUUGCUGGAUAUGCUCAAGGCUCAUAAGAAGGGUAUCCGUCGUGCGGCCAACAACACAUUCGGUUUCAUUGCCAAGGCCAUUGGUCCGCAAGAUGUUCUUGCGACUCUACUCAACAAUCUGCGAGUCCAGGAACGUCAAUCACGAGUGUGCACGGCCGUCGCCAUUGGUAUCGUUGCCGAAACUUGCGCUCCAUUCACCGUCCUCCCAGCCCUAAUGAACGAAUACCGCGUCCCCGAACUCAAUGUUCAAAACGGUGUUCUCAAAGCCAUGUCUUUUUUGUUUGAAUACAUUGGCGAAAUGGCCAAAGACUACGUCUACGCCGUUACCCCCUUACUCGAAGACGCUCUGAUUGACCGCGACCAAGUUCACCGUCAAACCGCGGCCAGCGUCGUCAAACACAUCGCGCUCGGCGUCGUCGGUCUAGGCUGCGAAGACGCAAUGGUCCAUUUACUCAACUUGCUAUACCCCAACAUCUUCGAAACGAGCCCGCACGUCAUUGACCGUAUCAUCGAAGCCAUCGACGCAAUCCGCAUGGCCGUCGGAACGGGUGUAGUCAUGAACUACGUCUGGGCCGGCCUGUUCCACCCUGCGCGCAAAGUGCGUGUCCCCUAUUGGCGAUUGUAUAAUGAUGCGUAUGUGCAGAGCGCGGAUGCGAUGGUGCCUUAUUAUCCGGAUCUGGAGCACGACGGUGUCUCGCGCGCGGAGCUUUCGAUUGUGAUUUAG